AAAUUGAUAUUUAAAGAUUAUUUUUAAGAGAACUGGUCAUGUGACCGCUCUGCCAGUAAUUCAGUUCAAAAUGGCUGCCAGUGUGCAGUCGAUGUGUGAUUUCUGGAAGAAGUUUGAUUUACAAGAGCUACAGAAAGAACUUGAUUCGACUGCCACUGAACUGGCCAACAGACAAGACGAAAGUGAUGCUUCCAGAAAAAAACUUGUAGAACUUAGCCGAGAAUUUAAGAAGAACACACCUGAGGACAUAAGAAAAAUAGUAGCACCAUUAUUAAAGAGUUUCCAGGGAGAAAUUGAUGCACUUUCGAAACGUAGUAAGGCUGCCGAAGCUUCCUUUUUGUCUGUCUACAAGAAACUUAUAGACCUUCCAGAUCCAGUAUCAGUGUUAGAGUAUGCACAGCAGAUUCAGAAGAAGGCACAUCGUGUUGGAGAUCUUGAGAUAGAAAACAAACAGUUGAGGGAAACAUUAGAUGAGUACAACCACGAGUUUGCUGAAGUGAAAAACCAAGAGGUGACAAUAAAACAGCUCCGGGAACGAUUGAAAGAAGGAGAAGACAAGGUUGAGGCUGUAGCGGAGGCUCGAACGAAAGAAAAAGAACGGGAACUGCAGAAACAGUUUGCGGAGAAAGAGCGUCAAUUACAGGAAACUCAACUUUCUGUUGCUAGGAAACUCGGAGAAGCUGAACAGAGGGUUACAAGUUUGACCAAUACAUUAGAGCAUGUCCAAUCAGAGCUGUUUGAAGUCAAGGCAAAAUAUGACGAGGCCACCUCAGCCAAGGCAGAUGAAAUGGAGAUGGUGAUGGCCGACUUGGAAAGAGCGAACGAACGAGCAACAGCUGCGGAACGAGAAGCAGAAAAACUGAAACACCAGUUGAGUAACUUGACGGCAAGUUUGGCGGAUAAUCAAGGAGGGGAACAACAAAAAGGUCCAGACAUGGAACAAGCUAUUGAGAUUCUUCAGCGGUCAAAUCUUGAGGCAGAACUAGCUGCUAAGGAAAAAGAGAUAAGUCAGUUAGUUGAAGAUGUACAAAGACUACAAGGCUCUCUACAGAAACUGCGUGAAAACACUACACAACAGGUUGGACGUUUGGAGGAGGAACUUGCCUCUAAGAAUAAGGCUUUCCGGAUUUUGGAGGAGAAGUUGAAAACACAAGAGGACUAUGAGGAAAUCAAGCGUGAACUUGGUGUCCUAAAGUCUAUAGAAUUCUCGUCGUCGGGAACGGAUGAAGUAGAUGGUGACGUUGGGAAGACAAAAUCCUUGGAAAUCCUCCUGCUGGAGAAGAAUAAAACCCUUCAAACAGAAAACACACAGCUCAAAGUGAACUCAAAUGACCUCUCAGGAAAUUCAUCACCCGCUCUCUCAUCUAAUGCCAAAGAAUUUGCGAGUAUGCUCGGUGAGGAAAUAGCAGAAACUUAUCAGCAGAAAAUCGCUGAGUCAUCAUCAUCUAAAACAGGACUUUCCUCUUCACCAUCAUUUUCUGCAGUUUCGCCUAAAAAGGAUCAUGAAGAAAAAUCAAUGAGCCCUGAAUCUGGAGACAUCCCCCCACAAGUGCCGAGCUCUCCUCUUAGUGAUUCAAGUCGUUCUGGUAGACCGCCAAGUAACGAAACUGUCAGAAUUCCCCCUCAAUCCCCUCAUUUCUUUCACCCUGCUUUUUCAAACAGCCAUUUAAUGGCAAACUUUAUGGGAUUAGGGAUGAAUUUUAACAAUAACAAUCCGCCAAAAGUUGAUGUGAACGGUUGCCAAGGACUAGAUACAGCAAUGGUAGCCAAAACUGUGAGAGAAUUGCUCAGUAUUCAUAAUAUUGGACAACGUUUGUUUGCCAAACAUGUGCUCGGAUUAUCUCAAGGAACUGUGUCGGAACUACUUUCAAAGCCAAAGUCAUGGGAUAAGUUGACGGAAAAAGGUCGGGAGUCGUACCGCAAGAUGCAUUCAUGGGCUGUCGAUGAUAGAAAUAUCAUGGCCCUAAAAGCUAUCUCCCCAAAGAAAGAUGCUUAUUUAAAGAACAAAGUAGCCAGUUACAUAGAGCCAGAUUUCUAUGAAAGAAGUUCUCAGCCAUUAUUACCAAGUAUACAGCGCGAGGACGCUGCAACAGAAGAAAGAAUUGCUCACAUUCUGAACGAGGCUCAGCUUGCCAUGCAACAGAAGAAGAAUCUAGAACAAGUCUGGAGUAAAGAGCACCAGAACGCCAUGGUGAGCAGCAUCUAUCAGGAAAUGGCAAGAUCAUAUGGCCAGUUACAGGGGAGUCAAUCAAUGCCACUGAUGAGCCCUACAUCGCCCAUGCCUUCUAUUCUUUCAUCUGUAAAUGAUCGAGAACGUUACCGUAAACUCAGUGACUCGGACAGACACAGAGAUAAACAUAAUCCAGAAAUGUCUUCAAAGGAUAUGGUGGAGAGAAUAUACCGGCAAGAGCUCAUAAAGCUUGCUCAGGCUGCGGAGAAUGCUGGUAAUAUUGCAGCUAGCGCCCUCUACCAACAAGAGCUUGCGAGACUUGCACAGAAUGCUAGGAUGCGUGAUGAGCCUGAGCCAGGGGAGGUAAGACAUAUACGUGGAUCGCCAGAAAGAAUGAAAGUUAAAUCAGAGCCGCCAGACAGUACGUCGGAAGAUAUACUGGCCAAUCAGGGGAACGGUCCAAUUGAUCUCAGUAAACGUAACACUUCAACACCCAGUACCCCGACCUCAGGAGGCUCUGAUAAAUCGCUCAACAGUUCUGCUCAUGCUGGAAGUGCCUUCUUUCAAAUGCAUGCUAAGAUCAAUGGCCAUGAGGUCACUGAGAAGUCAUUGAAAUCAGAAAGUCAUCCGCCUACGUCGCCUGCACCUCAUACAGCAUUCCCUCACCAUUUCUCACCUUCUGACACAUCAUCUUCACCACUUCAACGAAUGCAGAACAUUGCUAACUCAUUAAUGAACAGGUCACAGAUUGGAGCACCUUGUAGCAAGCCAUUAAAAGCUGUUCUACCACCAAUAACUCAAGAGGAGUUUGAUAGUUAUGCCAACAUCAAUACGGAAGAUCUCGUGAAACAAGUGAAAGAAACUUUAAGCCAGUAUUCUAUAAGUCAACGAUUGUUUGGCGAAAGUGUGCUAGGUUUGUCACAGGGCAGUGUAAGUGAUUUACUUGCAAGGCCAAAGCCAUGGCAUAUGUUGACACAGAAGGGGAGAGAGCCAUUCAUCAGAAUGCAGUUGUUUCUGGAAGACGCUGAAGCUAUUCCUAAACUAGUGGCCUCCCAGUACCACAUAGCACCAGAUAAACUGAUGAGAAGCAACUCUAUGUCUAAGGAGACAGAUUGUGAAGUACAAAGUUUAUGGCAGGGUUUCCGGGGUAACAUCCCUGGAGGUUCACUGCCAUUGGUCGCUCCAGGAGCAUUGUCACUGGGACUUUCAGUUUCCCAGACUGAAAUGAAACCCACACCACCACCACCACCUCCGCCACCACCACUUCCGCCACCUUCAACACGCCCCCAAAAUGUGCCUCCUUUAAUGUUACCCAGUGUAGCACCACCUGUUUCCCAUGGGGAGCCUCAGCACCCGCUAUUUAUGCACCACCAUCAUCAUCACCAAGCACCUCCGCACCACCAACUUCACCAUCCUAACUGGGCCUCAUUCUCGUAUCCAUCCUCCAUGUUGGAAGUCGUUGCCAUGACGUCAGAAAUUGAUACACUGGAACUCACUGGACGUGUUAAAGAUGUGCUACAGUUUAAUAACUUGGGACAGAAACUGUUUGGAGAGGCAGUUUUGGGAUUGUCACAAGGUUCUGUGAGUGAGCUGUUGUCAAAGCCAAAACCGUGGCACAUGUUGAGUAUUAAGGGGAGAGAACCCUUUAUUAAAAUGCAUCUAUGGUUGUCUGAUCCACACAAUGUGGAGAGACUCAAGCAUUACCAGAAUGAAAUGAAAGCCAAUCGUAGAAGGCGACACAGUCUGGAGGACAGAUAUGAUGCUUCUAUAGCAUUACCAAAGCGACCAAGAGUGUUCUUUUCUGAGGAACAGAAAGAGAGAUUGCGGCAGGCAUACAACAGAGAUCCAUAUCCCAAUCAGAACACUAUUGAGGCCUUGGCAAACACGCUUGGUGUUGGUGUUAAAACCGUCAUCAACUGGUUCCACAAUCAUCGAAUGCGUGCAAAACAACAACAGCAUGCAACCAGCCCAACAACCCCUUACAGUGAAUACAGUCAACAAAGUAUUAAUAAAGAGGAGUCUAACGAUGAUAACUCAAACAACAGUGACAUAUCUAGCAUGUCAGAUAACAGAGAAGCUCUCAAUGCUCUCAGUUUUCAUUCCAGGUUCAUUAACUCAGAUUCCAAUCAGUGGAUGUUCCCAAGGUUUGAACCGGCUGGUCUGAAUAAGAGAAGCAGCAAUGGUUCGGAACAUAAUAUGGAUGAUGGAAGUGACCUUGAUGAUGAUAAUGAUGAUGAGAAAAUGGAUGAAGCAUCCAGUCCUAAUUCUGCCAAAGGAAACACACAAAAUGCCAAAGAUUAUGACAAUGGUAGAGAUGAUGAUCUUGAUAAUGAUAGUGGAGAUGAUGUUGAUGAUGGAGAUGAUGAAAUUGAAGGUGAUGAAAAUUCAAACACAGAUCAAUCUUUUGAUAAGAAUGAUAAAGAUUCUGAGUAUACGAAAGGGCAGGUGCAAAACAUGUCACAAGCAGGAGGAGCUAACAAGCGAAAGCGAUCGCAUCCGCAGUAUGUGUCUGCUGGUCGGCAUUUAGACAGGACUAUAAAUAGAAUAGAAAAUUUACAGAAAGGUAUUGCUCUCACUAAUGAUGUGAGUGAGACUGAAAAGGAAAAUACAAGUGAGAAUAUUGUAGACAAUAGAAAUGAUAACUCUUUGAAUGAUUUAGAAAUGAACGACAGCGAGUCUGCGAAAGUAGUUGUACGAGAAAAUGGGGAAGAUUUAUGGGAAAAGGGUGACAAAAGCUCAAAUAUUAACAAAAUACAGAAAAGUAUUUCUCAACAUUCUGGUGAAGAUUGGGAGUUCUAGGCAGCAUUACUGGUUACCGUGGUAUCAUACUGAUUCCUGGAUAGCUUCACAAACAUGUUAUCUACAAAAUGUAGAAGUAGUGCUUUUGGGUUGUAGUGGUCAGGUUAUACAAGAAAACUUUAUAAUGGUGUUCAGUUUAAAACUUUUAUUUUGUGCUGAUGUUUAUUUUUGAGACGUGUUAGUGAAGACAGAGUUUUAAAGUGCUUAUAUACGCUACAAAGUAUUAUUACUUACAAUUACCUUUGUUGUUCAUGCCUUUUAAAGUUUAUGUUUUGUUGUGACUUACCCAGGUUUAUCAAAUGUUCUGAUAGCCUAUGGUUUUAUAUAUUUUUAUGAGAAAAAUACACUUUGUGACUCAAGUUGAAAUAUGAACUCUAAGAGAGUUCUGUUGUGUUCAUAUGGGAGCUCAAGAAACUGUUUUGUUUUUGUUAUAUUUGUUAUUAAAGUAGGGCUUUAGUAAUAUACUUGCGGGGGAAAUAUUUUAUUCCUCAAAUACAAUCUAUAUAGAUAAUGAAACAUCUACAAAACAGAAAUUUUCAUAAACAGUUGAUAAUGAAAAUGAUAAAAAGUGUGAAAGGAGAUCCAUGUGUUGUUAGAAAAUGGAAGAAAUGAAGACUUUAAAGAAGAAGUAUUGACAGCUGCUGAAGUCUUCAAAAAGAAAGAUGAUGAUUAAAAUACCAUUUUAAAUGGGAAUGAGAUAGAACAGUUUAUUUUCUGUUCCUAGUAUUAUUGGAUGUUUUUUUUGUUUUUCGUUCAGGACUGCAGCAAAGCAGUGUGUUAUGAGAUGACUAUUCAUGGUUUUUGAAUAUAAAAACAAAGAUUUUAAGCAGAGAAAAUAUAUUCAUUAUUCAGUAAAUAACAGUGCUUAUUCUGUAAACCGUAAACAUUUUUUUCUGAUAAGAAAAAAAAUUAUUUGAUUGAUAUUUUUUGCAUGUGUUUUUUUUUUUGUAUUUUUUUUGUUUGUUUUUAUGUAUAUAUGCUAAUUGAGAAGUGUACAUUGAAGGGUAAUGUGUAACCUAUUUUUAUACAGACCUAUUUUUACAUUUUAUAUAUCGACCUAAACUACUGAAUGUUUCAUGAAAUUUUCCGUAGGAUUUUAGAGAAAAAAAAGUUCUGUUAUUUUAGAUAGGUCGCAUAAACUAGAUCAGUUUGCUUUCUACAUGGUCAUAUCUCAUUACAAAAUAUACAUUAUAUAUAAUCAUACAUCCAUAUAUGACACAAAGUCAGUUAACAACAUCAGCUGAGAUACUGUUCAUUCUCUCAGUUUUUGUGCAUGUCCAUAAAAAAAGAAGUAAAAAAGUAUUAUGAAUGGCUUAUGCAACUCCUCAGAAUCAAAAUAAAUGUUGUGUAAUGCUAGACUGUAACAUGGUAUUUUUGUGUUUGGUUUUUUUGUUAACCUCCAGCACUACUGAAUUUGCAAGCUGAAUUUUUGUUCUUUUACAUCAUCCUAUUUGGUAUUAGAGAUAAAAAAUUUGAUUUGCUUUAGAUUUUUGAAUAGUCAGAUUAGAAAUAAUGGCAAAAAUUUUAGAAGUUAAAAGAGGGCAGUGACUGUUACAUAUUCUGAUUAUUUAUAUUACAAAAUGUUUUUAAAAAGUAGAUUAGUUUCAGUUGUUCAGCCUUUAUUAGAAAUAAGAAUUUUGAAUUUUUUGUAUGCUCUACAAUAUAUAUACUCGAGAAAUCGAGCUGUAUAAUCCUUGUGGUGUAAAUGCUGAACUGUGCUCUGCUGAAUUUUAAGUGGCUUAUGCCCUGAUCCAUAGGGUAAACUACCAACACUUCCAACACCACCACAGUUUAUUCUAACAGAUAUGCAUCACCUAUUCAUUUUCAGUAUUAAAAGUAUAAACAGAAGGAGUGUCAACUAAAGUUAUAUUUGCAUAUAUUUACAUAAUUGCAAAAUUUUCUGUCGUAACUGCCCCUUUUAUUAAUGUGUUUUAAGAAAUUAAAUCAUGGUUGACAUAUGGCUUGGCUGGUGAGCGAUAUGUAACUUUCACUGCCCUAUAUUAGAAAAAUCACUUGAAAGAUGCAUUCCAAUAAAGUGGUCCAAUUAUUGAGUAUGGUUGCUGUUAUCUGAUAAAUGUAAAUAAUUUACUGUAGUGACUAUAAACUUGUCGCUAUGGUAACACAUCCCUAUUUUUAUAAAAUAAGGUUGAAAUAUAAAAAAAUGGUGAUAUUUUCAUUAAUAGAGUUGUUAAAUGGGUUGUUGUACAGUUUAUUAAAGACACAAAUUUAUUUUAUUCUUUUGCCAAAAUAAAAAGUUAAGAUUUUGUCCUUAUAAAAACAUACUGUUAUAGAAAAACAAUUUUUAAACAAAUUUAAUUGAUUUAUUUUUUGUUGAAAUAAUUGAAAAUUAUAGGUAAGUGGAAAGUUGUAAUUAUAUUUCUUCUGUGUGUGUAUAUAAAAGAAACACAAAAAUUGACAUAAUUAUUGUUAACUGGUUCAUGUUUAGUUUCAACAGUCAAAGGCUUAAUUCCAUAUGAAAUUUGAAAAGUCAAACUUUUUCAGGAGUUCUUGUUUGAAGCUCCGUAGAUGACAAUUUUGGAAAUGGAAAUCUACUUUGUGCUAAUCUUGGAAAUGUAUUUUCUGAAUCACUAACAAGAAUAUUAGGAUUUAUCCAUGAUGAAAAUUUGAAUGCCAUUUUAAUUUUUUUCAUAAAGAUUUUCUUGUCUUGGUGUGGAAGGUUAUCAUUGUUGUAGGUGAUGAGGAAAUCUUAAACAAUUGUUUAUAAUGUUGCUAAUUGGGUCAUAUAAAUGCUUUAAUGUUUGCUAUGUUAAAAGUUGUAAUUUUUUUUUUUUUUGCCUGUGCAAUAUACGGGGAUUAGGUUGUAGAUAUUUUAUGUUCAGGUAGUUAUGUAUCCAUAGUUACCAAGCUUUAGUUGUCCAAAUAUCUCAACUUAUAAUACCAAAGAUUGUUAGUUCAUAUGAAAAGUGUUCAAUUUUAUUUCGUAUAUUUUAUGUUAAUCACAAUGUGUUCUAAGUUUUGUUGAUUAUUUUUUAGCUUUAAGGGUUUUUAACAGUUUAGAUACGGUAGAUGUUUCAUCAGAAAGUGGGGAUUGUACAACUUGACCUUUCACCUGUUGAAUUUCUUAAACAAACUUGUUCAGUUUCCAUUUUCCGAAACUGGUGAUUACCAAUUUUGAGGAUAUGACGAUGAUUAUUUUUUAGUUUGUCACAAACAUUGGUAUAGGGCCUUGUCAGACUCUACGGAUGUGCAGGCUGGCCUGACUUGAUACACUGGUAACAAAGGCUUAGGGUCCAGCAGGGUAAAGGGUUCAAAUUGUUGUCACCAUUGACCUAAUUUCUCAUGUUUUACAGAGAAAUUAUUUAUUUUACUGUAGAUUUCUACAAACCAAAUAGAUACAAAUUUUACUUUAGUAUUUUCCACCAUUUGUUUAUGCCUUGACACAAAGUACUGAUUGGGUUCACAUCUACAAAUAGAUUUUUUAUUUUAUUUUUAUGCUCCCCAAAAUGGGGAAGCAUAUAGUUUUAGUUGAAUUUAUGUUGACAUGUGCUAACUAUUCUUGCUGGCAAAGAUAAAAUAAAUCAUUUUCGUGUUUUCUUUAAAUUGUAAUUAUGAAACAUAUUUUGUGUAUUUUAUUAAAGCCAGUUAGAAUUUACAAGGAGAAUAAACAUAUUUGCUGAUUUUACAAUUUUCAAUCAAUUAUAACACAUUUUGUUUGCAAAUAUAUUCUUAGUUUCCAAUUUUCUAAAAUGUGCAUGAAAUUUUCUUUGCAACAUAAUAGGGAAAAAACAUCAAAAUAGCAUUAAACAGUAGAAAAUGAUAUUACUCGAUGAAUUCUCAGAUGUUAAUUAACUGUGCAAUACAGAGUAGUCAAACUAAAAUUGUGUUCAUCUUUACUAUUAUAUUCAGCUCAAAUCUAGCAUAGAAAUGUGUUUACUUAACAAAAGUGGUAUAUGUUAGUAGGGUAUUAUAAUUCUAGGAUUUAGUGUUUGAAAAAUUAAAAUUUCAAUCGUUGUUAGUAAGCAGUUUUCAUUUUAAUUUGUUAUACAAGCUAUUACAAAAAAUAUUUUGAUAACUAUGUUAUUGACACGAUCAGUAUAACCUUGAGUAAACCUUGAUUUAAUCUUGAAACAAUUUGACAAUGUAUAUAGCUACAGAAAUUAUGUCAGUAUUAUCAAAUUUAAAUUGUUACCAUGGUAACAAUUCUAUAAAUAGUUACUAAGAAUGUUCUUGUUACUAGCAUAUAGCAAGUUUAAGGUCCUUCAUGUUGCUAUGGACAAAAUCUGGUUUUGUUUCCUGAUUGAUUUAUUUUAUAUUUUUUGAGAAUUAAAUCAUGUUCUACAAAUUGAAACAAAUUUAUCUACAGUAUAAUUUAUUAAUGUUUUUAUCAUGUUACUGCUUUUAAUUUUAAAAGAAUGUAUUCCUGAAUAAGAUCCAAGUACCUAUGAAUUAGAAAUUAUAUAUUAUGUACAGAAUUGCCUGAUAACUUUGUUAUCAAUUUUUUAUAAAUACCAUAACUUAUUAUUGCCUGUUUGAUUUUAAACACAGAAGGAAACUGUUAAAUAUUACAAAUAAACUUCUAGAUAAAAAUGUUUAAAGGUAGUUGUAGAAACACAAAUCAUGUAUUGUGAUGCAUAUGAGUCCAAGCACCUUUUUGAGAGACACGGUUUUGUUCUUAAAUAAAAAAAAAAAUGGGUCACCUUUAAUGCUGUUUUUAGAACAAUUAGACACUUGUUAUUUUAUAAGACAGUAUUUGAGUGAAUUUUGUAGAAGUGUGUCUUCCAUUAUAUAAGAUAAUCAAAAUAUAUACACUGUUUUACUGUAUUUUAAUGUUUCUCUAUGAUACCUGCUUUGUAGUAUAUACAUCAUUGCCAUGUGAAAUAAAUUAGUAUGAAUUAUAUGCUUUAACUUUAAAGGCCCAUUAUGCCUCAGAAAUGCUUUUUUUUUUUAUUUCUUAAAAACAUUUUAAUUUUUGGUGGACCUUUACAGUCUCAAAAUAGUUACUCAUUGGCCAGUUACCUGAACCAUCUUUGUCUUCUGUUGCUUUUUGGCAUUAAGUACAGUAAUGUUGAAUUAGUAUUUUAGCAUUAGUAUACUACUUUGUUUACAUUUUGCUAAUUUUAUCGCAAAUAAUUGCACAUUUUGUAAUACCUUGUUCAGAUAGUCUGAGCAUCUAAACUUGCUCUAAAACCAUUAUUUUACUGUUAUUAAACACAUGUAUGCCAUUUCUAAAGAAAUAAAAAAUGUAUUGGUUUUUGAGGCAUAAUGUGCCUUUAAAAGAAGUUGACUCCAACUGUAAAAAAAUUGGUAAUUUUAUGUACCAUAUAUUUUUCACAGUUUUAUUUUACCGUGCAUAAAAAAUAAACAAUGAUAAGUGGCUAUGUCAAUUUUAAAAUGUCUUUUGAAAAGGUGCAAGGACUCUUAGUGCCAAAAAAAUGGUAUGUUUCAAGCAUUCAAUUAUUAAUUAUCCUGACAAUCAUUGGUUUAUGCAAAUGAGAUGAAUAUGAAUAUUCAUUUAUUAUAAUUAAGUGGGUUUAAUGUUUAAAUUAGGUUGCAUGUAUAUAUUAUAUAGUCAGAAAUAGUUUUAUUAAUUAUGUAAACUUUGGUAAGAUAGCUUUAUCUAUGUACAUACUAUUACAUACUUACACUUUAUUAAUACAAUUCACAGCCAUUUACUAUAAAAGUUGUUUUGUUUUAAUUAUAUAUAAAUAUAUUUUAUUGAAAAAAUAUUUUUUUUCUCUCUCUUUAUGUGUUGUACAAAGAAUUUGUGCUUUAAAAAUAGCUUUAUUAUAGAAACUUUAUACAUCAAAGAGACAUGUACAUGUAAUUUACAUCAAUGUUUUGUAAUUAAAUGACUGAAACAUUAACUAGUUCAUAUUUGUAUUAACUUCAUAGUUCUUAAUGGGAAUAUGAAAUCACCUUUAUUAAAGUGCACAGAUAUUUCUUUUCUGUAUUUUUACCUGCUUUUAGGUAGUUUGUGCACGUUUUGGUUUUUUUCUUUGACAUAGAAUUUAGAGAAGUAGACAUGUGCAUGUUUUAUGCUAUUUUUUUAAAACAGUUUGUGACUGACGAUUGUCACACGGUUGUUCAUGUAGAUGUAUAUCUUUUUUUUUUGUCUUCAUAAUUUACUGUACUAUAAUUUUGUUAAUAUCCGUGUAAAGAACUAUAUAUAAUGCAUUUAUUGUGGACCUAUUCCUGGUCAUUUUCUUGCAUUGUUUUUUUUUUUGCAUUGAAAUGUUAUUGUGUUAUAACAAGCAGAAAUAUUAUAUAAAGAAAAAUAUGAUAGCCAAAGAUUAUAUAUUAAGCUUAAAGCAGGCUCUUUUAUCUAAUUUGUGCAUCUUGUUUGAUCAUAACUUUAUUUUGUUUUGUUUACUUAUUUGUGAAGCUGUAAAUAUAAGCUCUUAAACCCUCCCUUUCUUUGUUAAACUACAAAAUAAUAACAUUACUAUCGUAACAUUUUACUAAAAUUUGCCAUUUAAUCAUUGAACAUUCUACAAAAUAUUGUUAAUAUUUGCAAUUGUUAUGUCCAUAUACCCCCCUGUCACUUAUCAUUGAAAUAACACCGGGUCAAGGUCAUUAUUAUAUUACAACAUUCAGAGGUCAUUGUGUUAUAAGGUCAUUGAAAUAACAUUGAAAGGUCUCUAAUCAUUUUGUUUAAGGUCAUUGAAAUAAUAUAGCAAGGUUAGAGGUCACGCAUUUGAAGGUCAUUGAAAUAAUAUAGCAAGAUUAGAGGUCACACAUUUGAAGGUCAUUGAAAUAAUAUAGCAAUUAGAGGUCAUGCAUUUCAAGGUCAUUGAAAUAGCAUAGAAAGGUCAGAUAACAUGCAUUUCAAGGUCAAAUCAUUAUAGAAUUCAUUUGUACAAACAAUCACUUAGUUCAGUGAAUUUUUCCUUUAAAAAAAGUCAUUCCAAAAUUAGAAAUGAGAGUUCAGAUGAUAUUUUUAUUGAGAAUAGAUAUAGAAAGUAAAUCUAUUUCUUUAAAAAAAAUGUUUUAAUUCUUUGCUUUUUAAUUUGUUCACUCUUACACCUUACAGUGCAAACGAAAUAUCUUUGAUUUUAUCGUUGUUGAUAAAAAGCCUUGGUAGUGCUAUAAAUUUGACUCAAAACUUUUAUGUAUUAGAACAAUACAGACACAGUUCAGAUGAUUUAUAUUUGACAUACUAUAGUUCUGUUUGAUUAAUUUUAAGCUCAAUAUAUUAGUAAUCAGUAUUUUAAUCAGAAAUUUUAAUGUUGGAAUAUGUUCCACAAUGUUUACCAUUUUUCUUACUUAUAUUUUUGUUUUGUUUCAGUUUUUUUUUUAUUUUAUAAAAAAAAUAUGGAAUUUUGUUUUUGUUAUGAAAACAAAUUUUAUAUAAACUAACAGUAUAUUAACAGAAUUUAUUACUUGGAUAUUUUUUCUUCUCUUUCUAAUAGGUUGUUAAUGAAAGAAAAUUUUGUAUGUUUUAUUAAUGAUACCUAACAUUUUAAUUUACCAUAACUUUUGGAUGAAAUAGGUAGUUAUUGUUUUGUUUUUUGUUUAUUUUACAGAAUUUAAUGAGUAUUUUAAAUGGUAUUUGGAAUUUUCAAAGGGUUUGUGUCAAUCUGUAUGUCUAGUCGAUAAAUAUUCGUGUUCAUAAUUAGGUCAUGUUCCUGCAGCCAUGUUUUCUAAAAUUCUCAAAUAUUAACGGAUACUUUUCAAUAUCUCAUUUUCACUUAUCAUAUGAAAAAUGAGUAAAUCAAUACACAGUUACAUUAAUGUUUAGAUUGUUCAUUAGAAAAAAUCAGUUUGUACAAUUUGUAAAUUACUUUUUUUUCAUUUCCUUUAAAAUGAAACAAGAAUAGAUGAAUAUAAUUUUUAGAUAAAAGUACAUGUAUUUUUUAUGGUUUUCUGAAAUACUUGUAGUUGUAUAUCGAGUAAAUUGAUGAUUUAAUAAAUUUGAAUGUUAUAAGAAAUGAAAGUGGCGCUGUAUUGAUGUCAGUAGAUAGACUGUGUACUUUUGCUCAAAGAUUAUUUGAGCCGCGCCAUUACAAAACCAACAUAGUGCAUUUGCAACCAGCAUGGACCCAGACCAGCCUGCGCAUCCUGGAUGCGCAGGCUGGUCUGGAUCCAUGCUGUUCGCCAACAAGCACUAUUACAAGUAGAGAAACUGAUAGGGAACAGCAUGGAUCCUGACCAGACUGCGAUGACAUGAUGGUCUGGAUCCAUGCUGGUAGCAAACGCACUAUGUUGGUUUUGUCAUGGCGCGGCUCAUUUCUGUCAGGUCGUAGAAUUAGUUAACAGCUACCACUAUAAUAUUUAUAAUAGUGCAUAUACAUAUAGUAAUAUUGAGAAGAUUUUGGUAAAACAUGGCUGACAUAGAGUGGGUGGAGGGAACAUGACCAGUGUUGAGUAUGUACAAGUGUAAUAAUGUAUAUCUACAAAUUAAUGUACCUCUCUUUCUCUCUGUGUAACCUUUCCAGGUGCUUAUUUCAAAUAAAAUAAAUUUAUUAUGUUA